CAAUAAUCACAAUCAACAACAAAAGGGUCGAAUUCUCUUAGCUUAAGUCUAAAGAAGUUUCGUAGUUCCAAAGUCUAAAAAAAACACAAAACAAAUCAAAGUAGUCUUUUCAUUAAAUAAAAAAACUAGAAUGAAAGAAGGGAACAAGUUUGCGUACCAUGUACUUGCCGUGGGGGUUGCUUAACCACAAUGCUUUUAGAUUGUGAGGUGCAGUACUAGUAGGAGCUGCUUUGGUUGUGUUUUGUGAAGAGUCAUUCAUUGGUUCAUGUGAUAUGAUAUGGAGAGGAACCUGACCUUGGUCAAAUGGCAAUAAGUAUUAAGUAGUGUCCUCUUCUUCUUCUCUCACACAGACACAUGCAUCUUCAUAACUCUUCUGUUACAAAAAUAUCUUUGUUCUCACAGGGCCUUGUUUUGGUUAACAAUGGAGACUUUUAAUGCAUGAAGAUGAGGGACACAACUAGCUCACCCCACAUGUCUCAGACUACUUCCACCACCACCCCAUCUCGUCUCAGAGCACCUUCCAAAUUCAAGGACUCGCCAAGACAGUCAAGAGCAAAAUCAGUAACCCCAGAUGCAAACGACAACAACGCUAGGCCUCGGAGGCCACUUGUGCUGACCAAGCCUAAAUCUGGAGAAUUGACUCUGGGAUCUCAAAAGGGUAGGGAGCUUGAUGAGCCUAAGCAGGUGGGUCGACUCGGGAACCGGCCGGUUGUCGAGCAAUUCUCUAGGCCGCGCCGGUUGAGAUCAGCAGAUGUUAUAAGCUCGAAGAAAACUGAGGAUAACAACAACCCAAAUGGGAAAAACAAGGAGUUGCAUGACAAGCUUCAAAUAAGCGAAGCUUUGAUUAGAGAUUUGCAAUCUCAAGUUCUGAGCUUGAAGACUGAGUUGGAUAAAGCUCAAGGCUUGAACUCAGAGCUGCUGUCUCGGAACAAAAAGCUGGCCGAGGACCUCGAGGCUGCGGAAGCAAAAAUAGCAUCUACUAGCUGUCGUGACCAGACCAAGUCUGUUGGAAGGUAUCCAAGUCCUAGUUUCAAAGACAUUCAGAAACUCAUUGCCAAUAAACUAGAACGCCCGGUGGCUAAAAAGGAGACAGUUCAGGAAGCUAGCAUCGUCAAGAAACCUUCCUCUCCAUAUCCACAACCGCCACCACCACCACCAAUUACUCCAACUCUCAAAGCUAAAGCUGUUGCUGUUGCAAGGAAGACUCCAUCCUCGGUGUCGGUGCUACCACCUCCUCCGCCACCCCCACCUAUGCCCUCUGCUAGAGCAGCACCCACCAGUCAGAAGUCUCCAGCAUUUUUGGAAUUUUAUCAUUCGUUGACAAAGCAAGAGGGAAAGAGGAAUUCUUCAGAACUGAGAAAGAGUCCUAAUCAUAAACAGACAGCUAUUAGUGUACACAAUAGCAUAGUUGGAGAAAUCCAAAAUCGUUCAGCUCAUCUUUUAGCUAUAAGAGCUGACAUUGAAACAAAAGGAGAGUUCAUCAAUGACCUGAUUGCAAAGGUGUUGGAUGCCUCAUAUAUGGACAUAGAAGAUGUCUUAAAGUUUGUGGAUUGGCUUGAUGGACAACUCUCAUCAUUGGCUGAUGAGCGAGCUGUGUUAAAGCAUUUCAAAUGGCCGGAGAGGAAAGCUGAUGCCUUGCGAGAAGCUGCAAUCGAAUAUCGUGAGCUCAAACAGCUAGAGAAUGAGAUUUCUUCUUACAAGGAUGACACUGAUAUUCCAUGUGCUGCUGCCUUAAAGAAGAUAACCAGCUUAUUAGAUAAGUCAGAGAAAAGCAUUCAACGGCUUAUCAAGCUGCGAAAUUCAGCUAUGCGCUCUUAUCAAGAUUUCAAAAUUCCAACAGAUUGGAUGCUCGAUUCAGGGAUUAUGAGUAAGAUAAAGCAGGCGUCAAUGAAUCUGGUCAAAACGUUUAUGAAGAGAGUGACAAUGGAGGUGGAAACCGAUAAGGAAUCGAAUCAAGAAUCUCUUCUUCUACAGGGUGUGAAUUUUGCAUACCGAGCUCAUCAGUUUGCAGGAGGUCUAGAUUCAGAAACAUUAUGUGCUUUCGAAGAGAUAAGAGAGCGCUUUCCCGGACACAUGGGAGGGUCUCGACAGUUAUUGACAUUAUAGCUUCUGGUCUGGGCGGCAGCCAGGCAUAUUUUUUGUUUUGGUUUCUAAUCCUUUACAUACAAGCUCUGACAAGGUGAAUGAAAAUGGUGUUUGAGCAAUUAAACAUUCAACAAAGGUCUAAGCUUAUUAACUCAAAAACUCAAUAGGAGCAGGAGGGAGAAGAAGGGUCAUAUUUUGUUGCAGCAAAUGUAGUGUUUAUAUUUGUUAUGAUUGUAUACACGAAUUUUGUCUUUUGAUAAAAAAGCAGAAGAAAAAAAAUGAUGUUUACUGUAACUCUUUUAUUAUGGUUUUAUUAUAUAUACUUACUUACAAUGUCGUAAUAAACACGAAUAGUCUCCGGAGUCUGCUCAAA